GAAUCACGGCACUGUACACUGCACGGUGUUAGCUAACUGACCAUCUGCAAUCCAGAGGAAUAAUCACUAACCAGAAACAGGAAAAGGCUUCUAUAGAAAGACUUCUCUCCGAAACGAUAAACAGGACUUUAACUCGAAGUCAAACGUUUAAAGCAUCCCAAGAUCCUACGAUCCUAUACACCGAAUCGGCAGUAAGAAGACAGGAGUUCCUACUAGCUCUGAUCUCAUGAAAACACAAGACGACCAGGCGUUGCAGGAAUGGAGAAAGCUGAUCGCCUGAAAACACUUUCACUUCUAGCGACCGUCAAUUUUUUGCUCCUUCUGUUCGGAGAUGUAGGCUCGGAAAAAAUCUUCCACAACAGAGAUCGUUCGGAUCUUGAGCUUCAACGUCACCCGCAGGCAGCUCCUAUCCUGAGCCCGGAGGCUGCCCAGCAAUACCUUGUGAAAUAUGGGUGGGUAGACCCCGUUAAUUGGGAAGAGCAAGCAUUUGGAAAUAUCCCUGAGUUUGACCAAGCUCCACAAGAUGUGUCCCAGGUAAUAUCGGAAGGCGAGUCUUCUGAGCGCCAAAGUUCCAAUACUUCUAAUAAGACUGAGAUAAGUCCAUACUUUUCCGAGUUCUUGAAAAGAUUCCAGGAGGCUAACGGGCUCAAUGCAACCGGAAUUCUGGACAAUGCCACAAUGAUGGCUAUGAACAAACCACGCUGUGGUGUCCCUGACCACAAAGUUCCAUCAAAACGGAAAAAUGCAACCCUGGGCCUUCUUACCCCGGAGGAUGACACCCAACAAAAGAGAGGCUUACUGUACAGACUGGUUGAACACCACAGGAGGAAAAGAGAUAGCAAGGCUACUUUGGGAAGCAGUAGCUCUUUAAGUUUUUCCAAGAGCACACUUAAGUGGAGGCUGAUGGGAGAAGGGUAUAGCACGCAACUAAGUAUCGCGCAGCAGAGGAGAAUACUCACAUUGGCUUUCCGCAUGUGGAGUGAGGUUACCCCACUGCUGUUCAUGGAAGACCUCGAAGGAGAUGAUGUUGAUAUCCGAGUUGGCUUCGGCACAGGUCAGCAUCUUGGCUGCUCCCAGGCCUUUGAUGGAGUGGGGCAGCAGUUUGCUCACGCCUGGUACCUGGGCGAUAUUCAUUUUGAUGACGAUGAACACUUUGUCGGUUCAAGUAGUGAGCAUGGAAUCAGCCUUUUGAAGGUCGCAGUUCAUGAGAUUGGCCACGCUCUUGGCCUGCCCCAUAUUAACCGCCUGGGAUCCGUGAUGCAGCCAAAUUACACACCUCUGGAGGGGAAAUUCGAGCUGGACUGGCAAGAUAGAAGAGCCGUGCAGGAGAAAUACGGUGCCUGUGAUGGGAGUUUCAGCACCGUAUUUGAUUGGGUGAAAAAGGAGAGGACCCCACGCGGAGAGAUUUAUAGAUUUAACACCUACUUCUUUAAGACCGGCUGGUAUUGGAUGUAUGAGAAUAAGGUUAAUCGGACUAGGUUUGGGGAUCCUCGUCCUAUCAAAGCUGGAUGGCAUGGGCUCCCCGAAAAAGACAUUGAUGCUUACGUACAUGUGUGGACCUGGAAUAUCGACGCUCAGUAUUUCUUUAAAGGCACACAAGUCUGGCGCUACGACCCUGAAAAGGACAUGGCUUUUACAGAAGACUGGAGGAAAAAGAAGUACCCGCAACUGAUUUCUGAGGCAUUCCCUGGAGUCCCAGUUCCCGUGGACGCCGCUUUCUUUGACAAGAAGGAACGUCUUAUCUACUUUUUCUCAGAAAAUAAUGUAACGGCAUUUAGCGUCGACUGGAAUAAAAAAAUGGAGAAUUACCCAAAACGCAUACUCGAGGUAUUCCCCCCAGUUGACCCCACCGACCACCCCAAAGGCUAUAUCGACUCUGUCUAUUACUCCUACUCGCAUCAGUCAACGUAUUUCAUCAAGGACAAGUUCUUCUGGAAGGUGGUGAGCGAAAGAGAGAGACAAGCCAACGCGUCACUGCCUGUCAACGGACUUUGGCCCAAAAGGAAAAUCAACUCAAGGUGGUUUGACAUUUGUGAUGUCCAUCCUUCAGUGCUCUCCCUGGGAACAUAAACAGGAAAGGUGAUGCAUGGCGUGUGCUAGUCUCUCGCCGGAGAAGAAUCUUCGACGUGUUGUUUAUCGAUACAUUCCAACGCUGAACUUUUAACAACCAAAAUGUUCCGGCACACCUAAUGAACUGAGAUAACGGCCAGCAGACACGGGUGUUUCAAAAUAUCUUGUGAGCAGUUGUGAAAUAUGUUUUUAUUGAAUUUUAUGUACAAAACCUUUUUUUUUUCAUUAAUGAUGCAACAUUCCAUAGGAAGAUGAAGAGCACCCACCUGGGAUACAGUAGGGUUAGUUAAUUGGUGUCCAAUUGGACGUCUUUUGAGUUUGGUUCACUGUUCCUUUUCCAACAGUUUUCUCUUAUACAGGACAGACAUCAUACAUUUUUUUAAUUUCUGUUUGGAUCAUACCAUUUCUACUGGACAUGACUUCUAUAUUAGGUAUUAUUUUCUGUAAAAUGGGAUUUCCUUAUCGCCCAUCCCAAGCCACCCAUUACCUUCAGAAGAUGUCCUCACCACCUUCUUUUCCUUUUAUAUCCUGAUAAUUAUUAUUACUAAGCUAUCUUUUAAUCUGUGCACAUCUGGGGCUCCCAGUUUUUCUUAAUAGGCCACAUGCUACGUUUUCAUGCUCACGUAGCACUGUCGGCCUGUGGCCCACCGGGCAUUUUCCUGGGGUGCCAGAUUGCCAGUCCGGGCCUACAAAGAUACCAUCUUUAGAAGGCUCUAGGUAGUGGUCUUCCAUCUAAGCUCCAGAGGAAGCGAUACUGGCUCUUGUUGAGAACCCCUUUAGUAACAUGUUAAUAUUACGUAUCUGGCUAAAAAUAAGAUUUUUUAAAAAAAAAAUAAGAAACAUCCACUUUUAUCUUUCAUUCCUGUCAUCUAAACCACAAACACAACUGCAAAACCCCCUACGGCGUAUCGUCUUCACUAACCACCAUCUUUAGCCGACUACCACUGGGACAAUCUGAUGCUGCUAAGACAAAAGUAAGGGAAAAAAGAUUAGAAAAGGAAAAAAAAUCUAUUUAUUUAUCCAUUUUACAAGUAUUUAUGGUUUAUAAGCCUUUAUUUUUUUAGGGAUAGUAAACAGUGUCCUCCCAUUUUUUUUUCUCCCCUAAUAUUGUUUUUGACUACUACAUGAAAUAGUAAUUCGAAAUUUCAAGACAAAGACGUGAAGAGCCAACGCAUUUCACCAGAAACCGGCUGACAUUGGCUCUGUACGUUGCUUUAUUUGUGUUUUUUUAUGUGUAUUUUCUGAUUAUCAUUUUGAGAUGUUUUAGUUACAGCAUCGUAAAUCACGACGACGGUAAAUUGUUAAGUAGACGGUUUUUUUUUUUUUAUUUCUGUUGAAUCCACCUAUAUUCAGGGAGGGAUUCCUUUCAAAGCAUGCCGGAGCGAUGUGACACUUUAAAUGACGUGGACACCCGUGACAUUAUUGGAAUUAUGUGGUUAUUUUCAAUAAUUAUAGUUUUUGGCCUCAAAAUGCUAUAGGCUGACCUAGAAAGACAAUAUUUGUACAGAAAUACAAAAAUGUAAUGUUUUGAGGUUUUCUCAUAUUUAAUGCAUAAUGCACAUCAUGAAAAUAUACGCUAUAUAUCUAGUAAUCAAUAGAAUAUGCUAAUUUCACACCCUUUCAGCUACAACCGCCCGACUUUUUGACGUAACAAUAAAAUGUUGAUAAUUUACUUUUUUUCACUUACAGACUAAAAAGAGGACUUUCGUUUCCUUUUUUGUUAAAUAUACGACAAUCACCUGUUCUCAUCUUUCGGACGUCUGGUGUGUUUAAAGUGUUUUACAUAUUGUAAAAAUGUAACCAUUUUAAUAAAUAAUAUAAAAAUA